UCGAUAGUUGGCCAUCUCUGCAGCUACGGUAUAUACAGAAAUCAAAUUUUUUGCAAUUUGAAUUGGAUCCCAAUUGGAACGAGCUUGUAAGCGAAAGAUAACAAUGAAACUGGAGGAUUUGCUGACCAAGGGGUCCUCCUCGCCGCCGGAGGACGACGACGAGGACGAGAAGGUGGAGCUGAAGCCCCAGAAGUCGCAGGGCAGCGCCACCCCGGACGAGGGGGCGGAGAACGCGGAGGAUGCGGCCGAGGAUGCUGGCGAAAAGGAAGGCGCCGGGGGCAAGAAGAAGGGCACGCGCAAGAAGCGCUCCCUCAACUGGGAGGAGGCCGAGCGGGGCCUGCUGCUCGAGGUCAUCAAGUCCAAGGUGGCCUUCGUGGAGAACCGCAGCGUGGACGCCAAGAGCAUAAAGGCGAAGCGCCUGGCCUGGUCGCAGAUCACCAAGCAGUUCAAUGCCCUCAACUUCCGCCACCGCCUGCUGGAGCAGAUCCAGGUGCAGUGGCGCAGCAUGAAGAACUCCGCGAAGCGUGAGCACCAGCAGAAGCACCCGAAGACGGAGCCGCUGGAGGGCAUGCGCAUGAUCGAGUUCCUGGAGGAGAUGCAGAAGGAUCCGGUCACCUCGCGCAGCCAGACGCGCAGCGCCAACACGAACGGGGCCCUGAAGAAGGAGCUGCUCGACAUCGACGAGGACGAGGACAUGCCGCUCGCCGCUCUGCCCAACUCCACGAACGCCAGCGAGGACACGCUGCAGACCUCCACCAUGGCCAUCCCCUCGCCGCCGCCCUCCACCGCCGGCGGGGACGGGGACUCGCAGCAGGAAGGCACUCCCGCCCAGCCGCCGGUCCAGCGACGCAAGCGGGCCAAGGCCAAGCAGUCGCCCUCGGGCGCCAAGACAGAAGCCUCCGCCGAAACGGGGGAGGAGAACGAAAAGGCGGCAGCUUCACCGAGAAAGCGGCGGCAGAGGAAUCUCUCACAGGCCCAGUCGCUGUUGUCCGAUGAGAACGAGGCCUCCAACAGCGUGGCUCCGAGCAGCUCGCACCCACAGUUCUCGCUGGGCGCCACACCGGCGGCGGACGCGAGUAGCCAGCCACUGGAGCUCGCCUCCGCCUCCUUCGAGGCGGAGCAGAAGUACAAGCAGGACCUGUUCCGGCUGCUGAAGCAGGCCCGCCUGGCCGAGAUCGACUACGCCCGGCGGGAGCACGAGCAGAAGCUGCGCUUCGAGCAGAUGGAGCAGGAGGUCAAGAUGGCCUACUACCGGCAGGAGCAGGACCUCAAGCUGCGGCACAUGCGCGAGGAGCACGACGUCCGGCUGCGGCAGCAGCGGCGGGAGCACGAGGCCCGCCUGGGGAUCUACUCGCUGAAGGGGAGCGGCCUGAACGGCAGCAUACAGGAGCAGAGCUCGGCCAAGUGCCAUGCCAAGGCGGACUACAACAACGUGCACGAGGGGCCCGGGCCGUCGACCAGUGCGGAGGGGGCGCUGGCGCUCAACGCCGCCUGCAAUUAGGGAUCGGAUUGGGUUGGCCCACAUAUGCAUAUACAAUACGAAUUGCCAGCAAUUAGCAAUUAGCGUGUAAGGGCAUUUAGAGGAAACAUCAACAGUACUUUAAAAUUUAGCUUGAAAUACGUUUAGCGAAAUGUAGCUCAACUGGGGAAUCCAUAUAUUCCGGUUACGAAUACGAAAGGGAAUACUCAUCGACACACUCAAGUUGCCACUCGGACGAAGGGACUGUUGUUUUUUGUGCAUUUCGCACCGAACGAACUCACAGACAUUGCAUUUUCAAGAAAUUAGUAUUAUAUAAUUGUAUAUCGGUAUCAGUUAAGAAACUCCGGGCGAAGAGAUCAAUUCAAAACGCGGUUGUGUCGUCGAGAAACAAACUCAAACUCGAGCAAAAUACUCAAGCACAGACUUUCGAAUAAGUUCCCCUUGCAGAACGCAAUUUACUCAUCAGUCAGUAUUCUCCAUGGCCACUGUAUUAUUUUUAUAUAUUCGAUUUUUUAGUUCUAAGCUUUUUAUUACACUUAACUACCAUCUAUACAUAGGGUGCAACCAUGCCGUAAAUGUAAAUCAGUGUAUGUUUGUCCAUACAUUAACGAGAACUUUUAUAAUUCGUGUAAUCAUAAGUUACUGUACGUCGUGUUGUAUAGCGCUGUAAUAUCCUGUCACUUGCUUCAGCUUAAUAAAUACCGUAUAUCGGGCGAGAGCGAGGUAAAUUAAACCAUUAGAUAAAUACAAAUACAUAGUGUGUAAACAGUU